AGAAUUUUAUAAAAUAUCCCCAGAGAAAAUAUUUACACGCUUGUACUCCGUGUUGUUGCAUGAUAGUGUCUCCAAGUGUCUGCAAUUAAAACCAUGGCGGUAAGAAUACUUUUUAAGAAGCAAUCACUGAGCAGACUGAUGAAUCCUACAAGAUCAGCGAGAACCACCACCACUGCUCUAGGUAAUUUUGAUGAUAUUGAAGCUGUUAAUAAUUGGCGGUCAGAACUUUUGGCGACUAUGAGAAUAUUUAAAAAUUUUAUUAGUCCAGAAGAGGAGGAUUCGUUGUUCCAAGAAGUCGAGCCGUAUAUGAAACGUCUGCGAUAUGAAUAUUCCCAUUGGGAUGAUGCAAUUCAUGGGUACCGGGAGACUGAGCGCGCGAAAUGGAAUCAAGAGAAUACUAAAAUAAUUGACCGGGUCAGAGCGAUGGCUUUUCCACCAGGAAUGCCCGAGCUGGGGCUGGUUCAUGUCCUGGAUCUCGCUGCCGAGGGCAAAAUAAAACCUCACGUUGAUAGCGUUCGGUUCUGCGGAGAUGUGAUUGCUGGCAUCAGUUUGCUGAGUGACUGUGUCAUGAGACUCACUCAGGUGGGAAAUGAAAAAGAAUGUCGACAUGAUUUCUUGAUACCCCGUAGAUCACUUUACAUAAUGAGCGGCGCGGCUAGACAUAAAUACAACCACGAAGUCCUGGGUCCUGAGGAAUCGAUAUUUAACAAUGAAAAAGUUAUCAAGACUAGAAGAAUAUCAAUAAUAUGUCGCUGUGCUCCAGAGCCAUGUGAUAAUAAAUAAAAUAUUAAAUAAUUGUUUGAAUUUUAUUGUUGAUAUUUUAUGUAUCAGAGAUCAGGUAAAUAAAUAGCUUUGUAAAUA